ACUCCGACUGGCUUCUACUCCGGUGCAUAGUCGACUCCAUAGACAUAUUUAAAAAGCUGUUUAUUGGUACCGUUGUAGUUAACUUUAUUAAGUGUUGACGGCGGCAUUCCUUUACGCGUUGCGAAAAGCUUUAUUCCAUUUACCAGUGGUGGUUUCCUAUAGGAAUUGCUCUGAAUUGCAUCCGACACUGGGAAGCGGGUAUGUGAAAUAUAAUGGGGUUGAUAGAAAUCAUGCAGUAAAAGACUAGCAUGCAGGUGCUUAGUUUUCCAAACGCCAACGCGAAAAGUAUUACGUAUUUAUCGUACUUGUAUGGCGUAAAAAAACAAUCAGCACCAGACCAAGAAGAAAAGCAACAAAGAUCAUAAACACAGUUAAAAUGGCCAAUGUCGCAGUGAUACAAUGAUUGCAAGGCGCUAAGUGAUUUUUGCACCACUGGAAAGUAUUUUAGAAUUUCGUAAAGAAAAAUGCCACUUGUAGCGAAAAACAGCAACCCAGAAGCAUCCACAUAUUUGGCAGCAAGAAGUAACAGCAUAUAACAAUUUAAUAAUACAUUUUAGACGAGCCCGUACAACAUACCCCUGAAAAAAUAACAAAUACAAACGGGAAAAGUAAGACAACCACCGCCAACCAGCCACACUGGAAAGAAGAGGCGUCAGCCGAGCGCGCGCGGUAUCAGCUGUCAUUUAAGAAUCAUAUAAAAAGCGGACGCAAAAUAUUCAUCGAAUAAAGGGGCAGCGGUAAAACGUGUGAAUUGGUUGCGGAGCCGAUUAGAAAGCAGAAGUAGCAGCGCCCGCGCCAGCAGCAACGCUGCUAUACGGAUUAUGGGCUGUGGUCAAAGUAAAAUUCAUUUAUAUCCCAGAAAAUCAAAGAGCAAAGCAAAUGGAAAGAAAGGAGGUCACGCUGACUCAGACGCUGAAACAGACGAGGAUGAAGGCCAUAUUGAAGAUGCUGAGAAGUGUCAAAAUCGCGAACGCGAUAAAAAUGACGAGAAUGACGAGCAAAGCAAUAAAGAUGCACAGGAUAGUGAUGAGGAUGUAUCUGUGUCGCUACUGCGAGCCAAAAAUCUAUCUUUGCUGCAAAGCCAAGAAAUUUCCACGAGCCAGCAGAAUUUUUUUCGUAUGCUCGAUAAAAAAAUUGAAGAGGGACCCGAUUAUGAUUCGUCCAGCGAGACGGAGAUCGCACUUGAGGAGGCACGACUGAACGCUUUAGUGCAACACUGGGAGUCAGCGAGCUUAACUGCCUCUAUUUGCUCCUCCACCAGCCGCUCGCUGCAAACGACACCAAUUCGUCAAGCACCCAUCAAACAACUGGCUACACCUAGAGCCGUGCUGCAGCCCACGGUCGCUGUACCGAUACCGACAUCUAUCGCAGUUCAGCAACCAGUAUUGGCCGCAGACUUUCUUUCGCAUGGAGCGUCACCAACAGCGGCUCAGUUGUCGGCAGCAACAGUAGGGCCCGGCGGUACUCUAAAGCAUCCUCAAGGAAGCCAGCAGAUUGUUAUUUCACAUAUGAACACCAAAAUGUUACACCAACUGGGUGUUGUGCCGCAAGUACCCAUCAACGUGACGCCAGAAACUUCCGCAUCCACCGCAAAUACGUCCAACGCUCUCGCACUACUGCAGGCGUCCAAUCAAACACAGCAAGCGCAAUACACACAACAUUUGUUAGCCGGUAGCUCUCCACAAAUGCUGGGUAACAUUAAAUCGAAUGUAAGUCCCAAACGCUUAGUGGAUGGACGAUUGCUGAUGAAUUCCAGUCCACUUGCACAACAAAUGCACACUGUAUCAAUGCCGCUGCCCAACGCAUACAUGAGUGGACCAGCACAAUCAACGCCAGUUUCUGUGGUAUCAGCAGGCGCUACUUACGCUAAUGGGGGCGCCAAUAGUGGAUGCUCGCCCCAACCCACAUUGCCAAUGCAAUUGACAUAUUUCGGGCAGCCCACUGCACAACAACAGAUGCAACAGUAUCAUCAACAACAGCACCAAACGACUACUGCGGCAAUGGCCAUGGCAACCAUGACAAUGACGGCAACACAAAAUGACCAACAUACUCCACAAAGCCAAAGUCAGUCGUAUUACGGUGACCAAAUACAAAUGCACACAAUGCAGCCGCCGACGGAAUAUAAAUUCCCGCCGGCAAUCAGCGUUCAACGCCUCGCGCCUCAAGUUCAGCGACAACUGCGCGAAACACAAGAACUGAUAAAAGACUCAUGCCCACAAUUGUUCGCAGCGGGUUAUGGCGGAAGUCCCGGACCACCGAUACGAAACCAAGCCAAAAAUCCAAACCGAAGACCCACCCUGGAGACCCAAUUCUCGCAGGAAAGCUCGUGAUAUCUAUACAAUUAAAAGAAACCCAGCGCCAAAACUAAUAUAGACGUUCGCAGCAGCAGCUAAGCCCAAUAUUCAGUGCCCCCGAAAUUACCAGUGACAAAUCGUCCAUAUACAAUGCGAAGUCGACGAUAUACUAUGUGAAUAAGAAGCAGAAAAAGAAAAUAAUGGGUAAACUGCGGCGCAAACAAAAAAUUACUCUCACAUUCUCAUUUCGACGUUAUUAAUCCUAUUCAUAACCAAAUGCAUUAUUAAAAAUCAUAUAUAACUAUAAAAAAGAAUUAAAUACUAAUAAAUCAUAAAUUGAAAAAUAUAUAGAAUAUAUAAGAAAAUAGAUGGAACAAGUAUGAGAAAAUAAAGUUAAAAAGAAAAAAAAUACAAAAAAAUAACAAAUAAAUUCGAGCAAAUGGAUAUAAAAGAAAGAAGGAAAUAAAGAGGGUGUAUGCUGGAAAACAAAUAAUUAAGUAAAGUAAUUUUAAAAAACUAUUUAAUUUAUAUAUUGUAUUGUACUUAGCAUUAUUUUAGUAUAUUUUGAUUUGGU